AUGACCUCCUCCCCAACCAGCCGCAACGCCGUCGACCUCCUCACCAGCCUGGCCGGAAUCAUCACCACCAUCGCCACCAACCUGCACGCCAACCGGCUCGACCGCGCGCGGCUCCGCGCCACGCUCAAGGAGUACGCCGCGCGCGCCGAGUCGGACGCCAAGCUGAUCAACGCCUCGCGGCAGUCGCAGCGCUGCGUCGAGCACGGCCUGCUGCUCGCCUACGUGCACAUGGAGUUCAUCGCCACCCUGCUGCGCUACAACCUGACCGUCCCCGCCACGGCCGUGAAGUGGUACAGCGUGCGCUCGCUGCGGAAGCGCCACCGCCUGUCCCUGUUCGGGAUCCCCGCGCAGGCGCGCGACCUGCGCGCCCAGCUGGAGAAUAUCCAGACUAAGGCUGAGUUGCUGUAUGCGGAUUUCGCGGAGAGUGGGGUGCAAAUCCCCGAGACGCCGAUUCUGUAUCGCAAGGUUACGGCUUGUGAGCCGGUUGGGGCGCCGCCGGAAGCGAUUCAUGAUCUCCUUCGUCGCGGGACCCUUGCUGAGCAGGAGUUGAGUGGGAAGAUUCCGCCUUGA